AUGAAGCUCCUCACUGCGGUGACCGCGCUCAUCGCCAGCGCAGAAGCCUUCUCAGAUCUCCAAAUCAACCUCCAAUCUGCCGUGCAAACAGUGCUCAAACACAGCAAAUCACAAAAACCAAAUAUUCUCUUCGUCAUUACCGAUGAUCAAGAUCUGGAGCUGGACUCCGUUAAUUACACUCCUCGGAUCACCAAACACAUUCGCGAUCAGGGAACCUUUUUCAAAAACCACUUCGUCACCACGGCACUAUGUUGUCCAUCGCGCGUGAGCUUGUGGACGGGUCGCCAAGCACACAACACCAACGUCACGGACGUGAAGCCGCCAUACGGUGGAUACCCCAAGUUCGUGGAGCGCGGCUUCAACGAUGAUUUCCUACCCAUCUGGCUACAGGAGGCCGGCUACGACACCUAUUACACGGGGAAAAUGUUCAAUGCCCACACCGUGGACAAUUAUCACUCUCCUCACAUCAACGGCUUCAACGGAUCUGAUUUCCUGCUGGACCCGUAUACCUAUUCCUACUUGAAUUCGACCUACCAGCGCAAUCGCGACGCGCCCGUGAGUCACGAGGGUGAACACACCAUUGACGUGAUCGCCGGGAAGGCAUUGGGAUUUUUGGACGACGCGUUGGAGGGCGAUAGGCCCUUCUUCCUCACGGUCGCGCCGAUCGCGCCACACUCAAAUGUCGAUCCCGAUGCUAUUGCCUCGGGCAAGAUAUACAUGUCAUCUCCAGUUCCAUUGAAGCGACACGAGCAUUUAUUCCAGGAUGUCCAGGUGCCGCGCCACGCCAACUUCAAUCCCGACCAGCCGAGUGGGGCCGGUUGGAUUCGCGAUCUACCCAAGCAGAACCAAUCAGUGAUCGAGUAUAACGAUCAUUUCUACCGCUCGCGUUUGCGCGCCCUGCAGGGUGUCGAUGAGCUGGUGGAGUCGCUGGUGACGCGUCUGGAGGAGAGUGGUCAGAUGGAUAAUACGUACAUCAUUUAUACUUCUGAUAAUGGUUUCCAUAUUGGUCAGCAUCGUCUGCCUCCUGGCAAGACCUGUGGGUUCGAAGAGGAUAUUCGAGUUCCCUUGUUCAUUCGUGGUCCUGGUGUUCCUCGGGGUUAUGUGCAGGAUGCGGUCACUACGCAUAUUGACCUGGCGCCGACACUGUUCCAUUUAGCUGGCAUUCCGGCUCGGGACGACUUUGAUGGAACGGCAAUUCCCAUCACACCUGACUUCGAGGCAGAACGACACGAGCAUGUCACGGUGGAGUUCUGGGGUGAUGCUGUUGUAGAGGGUGCAUUCAGCGGCAUCGGUCCCAAAGGUUCAACCACGAUCCCUAACAACACCUACAAAUCUGUUCGGCUGCUCGGCGAAGGCUACAACCUCUACUACUCAGUAUGGUGCAACAACGAACAUGAGCUUUACGACCUUCAAACAGACCCCUAUCAAAUCCACAACCUCUACCCGACUGCGGCGAGUAAAAGCCACAAUCAGCCGCAAAUCCUCGGACGCAGCCUUCACCACGCCAUCAACAGACUAGAUGCCCUGCUAAUGGUUCUCAAAUCUUGUCAGGGAAAGACCUGCAUUCAGCCCUGGGACGUACUCCAACCCGCGGACAAUGUGAGCUCACUUCAAGACGCUCUGAUCGCGGAGUACGACGGGUUCUAUGCCGCGCAGCCUCAGGUCGCUUUUGACUGGUGCGAUGCGGGAUAUAUUGUUGAGGCAGAAGGGCCGCAGAUUCCAUUGACGAGUCGCUACGGGGUGUCGUGGGAUGUCUGGGUAUAG